UACUUUUAAAAGCAUGGAUAAGCUUGAAAAACCACAAAUAAUUUGUCAUAUCGAGAAAUCAGUAAACUAUUCGUUAUUCGACGCAAAAUGGAUUCCGUGCAGCGCGAAGUUUGUGGUUAUGGGUUCACGACCGCGCGGAAGUGGCAUUAUACAAAUCUACGAAGUCUCUAGCGGUGAACUGAAACUUGUUAAAGACAUCGAAAGAUCGCAGCAAAUAAAAUGUGGAACUUUUAAAGCUUCAAGUUUAAAAGACAGAUAUUUAGCCACCGGUGAUUUCCAGGGUAAAUUGAACAUCUACAACCUAGAAGAUCCUUCAAUACCAGUCUACACAGCUAAUGCUCACACUGAGAUAAUAAAUAGUAUUGAUGGUGUGGCUGGACAAAGUAUUGGAUGUGGUGCAUCUGAAUUAGUAACUGGUUCCAGAGAUGGAAGUGUUAAAGUCUGGGAUCCCAGGCAAAAAGGUCGUCCAGUGGCUGUAAUGCAACCUAAAGAGGGUGAAGCUCGUAGAGAUUGUUGGACAGUUACAUUUGGGAACUCUUACAACUCUGAGGAAAGAGUUGUAGUUGCUGGAUAUGACAAUGGAGAUGUAAAAAUGUUUGAUUUAAAGGCAAUGUCUCUUUUAUGGGAAAGUAAUCUUAAAAAUGGAGUUUGCAGUGUUGAAUUUGAUAGAAAGGAUAUUCCAAUGAACAAGCUAGUAGCCACUACUUUGGAAUCAAAGCUUUAUUUGUUUGACUUAAAGACACAGCAUCCCAAAAAAGGGUUUGCUUACCUAACUGAAAAAGUAAGACUAAAAGCACAUAAUUCAACGGUAUGGUUGGUGAGACAUUUACCACAAAAUAGAGAAAUAUUUGUUACUUGUGGUGGAACAGGAAGCCUUUGCUUAUGGAAAUAUAAUUAUCCGGAGAAAAGAAAAAUAGCUGAUGCAGAAGGCAUAGAGCAAGGAGUUGUCGGUAACCUAACACUUCUACAAAACAGUACUGUUUCGUCGCAACCAGUUAGCUCCUUGGAUUGGAGUCCGGAUAAGCAAGGAUUAGCUGUCUGUACCGCGUUUGAUCAAUGUUUGAGGGUUAUCAUUACAACGAAACUCAACACUUACUAAAAAGAAAAAUAAAAUCAUCUGCAAAGAUGAUG